GAUGCAUCGCUCGGUGCCGCCGCCGCCGCAUUCCGUCCUCAACCCGGCGCCGGGCGGGCCCGGGGAACUGGAGCGCUCCGGACGCCGCCGCUGGCAGCCGCUGCCGCGCGGGCCCCACUGCGCCGAGUCACUGGAGCAAAGCAUUGUGUUUAAAAUGGAAGUCGAUGUGAAUGGAGAGUCCAGAGCUGCCCUCUCCACCCUCCCUAUGCCUCUUGCAGAGGUGAGUUCUGCAGGCAGGUUGGAAGCAGAAAAACCGCGUUGUUCUAGCACCCCCUGCUCACCAAUGAGGCAGACAGUUGCGGGAUAUCAGAUCCUUCACAUGGAUUCUAACUACCUGGUUGGCUUCACAACUGGAGAGGAGCUGCUGAAAUUAGCCCAGAAGUGUACUGGAGGUGAAGAGAAUAAAGGAGAAUCUGGUCCAAACUUGCACUCAAAACAACUUGAUUCAGGACUUCCACGUUCCUCGCGUUUGUACAAAACUCGAAGUAGGUACUACCAGCCAUAUGAGAUCCCAGCAGUAAAUGGAAGGAGGAGGAGACGGAUGCCCAGUUCAGGGGAUAAAUGCAAUAAAGCUUUACCAUAUGAACCUUACAAGGCACUCCAUGGUCCCUUGCCUCUCUGCCUUUUGAAAGGUAAAAGGGCUCAUUCAAAAUCAUUGGACUACCUCAACUUAGACAAAAUGAGSAUUAAGGAACCUGCUGACACUGAAGUGCUACAAUACCAGCUCCAACACCUUACUCUUAGAGGGGAUCGUAUGUUUGCAUGGAGUAGCACAUGAGCUGUCAUCUCAAAUUUAGAAAUUAUUUUUGAUCUUUCCUCUGUUGCUGCAAAAAUCCGCUGUUGUACUGUGUACAUGACUGUCCACAUUGUAGGUGGUUGUAUCAGCUCAGUGUUAUCAGAAAGUAAUUUAUUUGAUAGUCUUGGCAAUGCAGUGUGUUACAAAUACUUGGAGAGAGAAAUCUUUCCUGAGCAAGCAGCUUCUGAUGCAGAUUCGACUGCAACUAGUGAAUAUUUCCGUGGACAUACUUUAACAAGAAAAAGCUAUUGAUUUUUGGGACUUUUUUUUUGUACAGUUAGAUCUAGUAUUUACAGUAACUUAACACUGAAGAAUCAGUGAUGCCUGCUUGGUUGUUGCUAAUUAGGGCUUGAUGUUAGAUACUGCUCUUGGAUAAGCACUCAAGGAGAUCUUUUGGUUUUACUUUUUGCUGCUGUAGUAAAAUGUCAGAGUUUUUCUUACAAGGAGGACAGGAAAGUGAGCUUGACUGGAUACAUCACUUGCUAUUUAAGCAAUCCAAUUGMUACUUUUUCAGCUGUACUUGUACUAGUGAUAUGGGUUCCUAAAAGAAACUUUUGUUACUUGAAUUCUAUUAAAUUAUUUUUUUAGUUUCUGUGUGGAAGUACUUUGCUUUGUCCUUUCUACUCGGUGAAACGUGUUCAGAAUAAGUGUUUGAGUUAUUUAAAACAAAUCUUUCAGGGAGUAAAGAUUUCAGGUUUUUUAGUUAGAUUUUAUUUUUACAUUGUCUUGAGACAGAAACUGGAAUGGCUGUAUUGGUAUGUCAGUCAUGUUUUUGAUUUUAAUUUGUGGUUUCUAUUUCAUACAUAGUAGCUGAAUGUGUCAGCUUCAGCAUAGCUUUGGAAAUUUGUUGACUUGAGGCAUUGAACCCAUGAGCUCCGGAGAACAAUUUUUUUUUUUUUUUGAGAAGAGUGCAAGUGAAAUAUUUCUUUGUCAGCAUUUUGAAGAGAUGGUCUUGGAUUUUUCAGCAAAAUAAUGAACUAGCUUACUUUUGUUACUUAAUAAAUUUUUAUCCAACUGUGACAUCAAAUACAGUUUUGACAUUCUGUAUUCUUAGAUGUAUUUAAAAUACUUCGGUAACUUCAGUUUAAAAAUGAAAAAUAGUUUUCAUACUUUCUGUUUUAUUAAGGUGCAGUCUUUUAAUGAAGCAGUGUGUAACUUGAUUUUGGCUGAUGACCUCUGCAGAAAUUAAAAAUAAUCUCAUAUUGCAUUUAAACAUAAAUUAUUUGAUCAGUUGUUUCUGAUAAAGAUUUUUUUUUUAACACUGAAUGAAUUGAAAGCACUACUUAGUGCAUGUGGCAUGGAACACAAAGAGUUCUUACUUGGUCACUCCACCAUUUAAAUGAAGGCAUGCCAUUAGUGAGCGUUUUGUGGUUUGGUUAUCUUUUUUUAGAUUUAUUAGAAACUACAGAAAAACAAAUACGUAUUUUUGAAAAUUAACUACACUGGUAGUAAAUUUAAUGUAUUGAACAAUGAUCAAGAAAGUAAAGUCUUCCUAUAUAGUCUUUAGUUUGAAAAGCAUAUACGGUCAGAUGCCAAAGAGAUGGGAGUUUUGUUUAAGGAGUAAACAUCACUGUUUAUUGAAAUAGCCAAUUAAAUUGUAUUUCUGCCUGAAAAAUAAAAAGGGUGUUAUAAACAGCUGUUCUUGUGGAUUCAUUUGCUGUGUAGAAGAAUGAGAGGACAUUGAAAAAAUACAACUUCAGACCCAGGAACAUUUAAAAAACGAGUUUGAAGGUUGGG